UACGACAAAACGAACUGCGCGGCAAAAGCAAGGCGGUAUUUGGGUACAAAACAAAAACAUGUGGUUGAAGUUAUGAUUUAUGCGAGGAACCCUCAUUAUCCAGCAUAGAAGUGAGUGUGACAGCCAGGCAGGGUCAUGGGGUUGCGCUCAGCCCAGAAGAAGCUGUUCCCUCUGCGGGGAAUCGAUGGAGUGGUGCAGUUGUUCGACGCGGAGCUUUGCAAGCCCGAGCCCGACCUGGCGCUUCUAUCCCUAGUCCUGGGUUUCGUUGAGCACUUCCUGGCAGUGAACCGCGUGGUUCCAGCUAAUGUCCCCGGUGUGACCUUCGAGCCUCUGGAGCUGGGAUGCCCCUCGUCCUGCUUCCCCACCGUGGAGCUGAGCCUGCUGGCUGCUCUGUAUGAACGCUUUACUGCACAGAUCCGUGGCGCCGUCGACCUCUCACAGUACCGGAGGCCAGCUGGCGGCUCCAGUCGAGAGCUGGUGAAGAAGGUGUCUGACGUCAUCUGGAACAGCCUCAGCCGCUCAUACUUUAAGGACCGGGCCCAUAUACAGUCUCUCUUCAGCCUCAUCACAGGCACCAAGCUGGACAGCUCUGGGGUGGCCUUUGCAGUGGUGGCAGCCUGUCAGGUCCUAGGGCUGCAGGAUGUGCAUCUGGCGCUCUCUGAAGACCACGCCUGGGUCAUUUUCGGCAAGGGCGGUGAAGAGACAGCAGAGGUCACGUGGCAUGGCAAGGGUAAUGAAGACAGGCGUGGCCAGACGGUCAGCGCUGGUGUCAGCGAGAGGAGCUGGCUGUACCUGAAGGGCUCCUACCUAAAGUGCAACAGGAACAUGGAAGUGGCCUUCAUGGUGUGUGCCAUCAACCCCUCUGUGGACCUGCACACGGACAGCACAGAGCUCCUGCAGCUCCAGCAGAGACUGCUCUGGCUUCUUUAUGAGCGGGGGGACUUGGAGAGGUACCCCAUGGCUCUAGGCACCCUAGCAGACCUGGAGGACCAGGAUCCCCUCCCUGGUCGGGACAGCCCCCUGACGUUGCACAUGAAGGCUGUCAACUCUGCUCAGAAGUACUACAACAAUGAGCACAUCUACCCCUUCAUGUAUCUGGCGGGGUACCACUACAGGCACAGGAAUGUCCGCGAGGCGCUGGGAGCCUGGGCUGAGGCGGCCUCCGUCAUGCAGGAUUAUAAUUACUUCCGUGAGGAUGAGGAGAUUUACAAGGAGUUCUUCGACAUCGCCAAUGACGUGAUCCCCACGCUGCUGAAGGAAACGGCGGCUGCAGCGGAGAGUGGCACAGAAGGAGGCGAGGGCUCCGAUAUCGCAGAGCAGGAUGCUCCCCAGAAGGCGGCAGCUCUCUCAGCCCUGCAGGACCCAGAAUGCUUUGCUCACCUGCUGUGCUUCUACGAUGGCAUCUGCAAGUGGGAAGAAGGCAGCCCCACGCCUGUGCUACACGUGGGCUGGGCCACGUACCUGGUGCAGUCGCUUAGCCGCUUUGAUGCACAGGUGCGUCAGAAGGUCACAAUCAUCACAAAAGAGCCUGAACCCCAGGAUGAUGAUGACCAAUCCAGUGAUGACCCCCGAGAGGGGCGAAGGCGUGGCCCCAGGCGCGAGUCCAAAGUGGAGGAGGUGCCCCUGCCCCCGCCACAGGUUGUGGCCCCACCCACUCCGGCUGCCCUGCCCAAGAAGAUUGGAGGCGAGAGUGGAGGCCGGCGACGCUCCAGCCCACUGAUACGGACCGCCGACUCAGAGCAGAGGACACGCGCAGGGACGCCGAGCCCCACCCCCGCAGCGUCCCCAGGAGCCACCCCGCCCCAGCCCAUCCCCGGGGGGCCUGUGGUCACAUUUCACAGCGAGAAGAUGAAAGGCAUGAAGGAGCUGCUGUCUGCGGCCAAGGUCAACUCCAGUGCCAUCAAGCUGCAGCUGACUGCGCAGUCGCAGGUGCAGAUGAAACGGCAGAAGCCCUCGUCGCCAGGCGACUACACACUGUCCUUCAUGAAACGACAGCGAAAGACCAUGUAGAGUUUCCUCUGUAUGGAACGAACUGCUGUGUUUCAUGGAUUAUUUUUUAAAGAUAGAUGUGAACACACAUUGCAUACUCUACCUGAAACAUUGCCAAAAAGAAGGAUGGCAAGGAGCUGGACGCAUAUGCAGACUCUGGAAUGACACGGGCAUGUGAUUUCCUGCUGGGCAUUCCUUAGGGUUGAGGCUCGGCCCUAAUCCUACUUCUCUGCAGCAUCCUGUACUUCCUGCCGUGUUCUCUGUGACUCCUCCUCUGUCAAUUUGCACUCACAAUGGCAAUAUGAAAGUAAAACUGUAGAAGAGAUGGGUAGACCCAUUGUAAUUCCUGUAAUGGGGUUUACAGAAUAAGCAGUUUUCCCCUCAAUGAAGUUAAAGAUCUGCCAAACCAAAACGGAAUAGGGGGUCUUUUUCAGCAAGAGCUUUCUCAUCGUCACUCCUCUUGUUCUUGUUUUUCAUGUACUCCAGGCCAAGAAAAAAUCAUUCUGAUGGCUUUGUUGUAAACAGAUUGAUUUGUAUUUUUAUGACUUUCUCCUUUUAUGCAAUGCCUUAAUUGUUUCUCUAAUUUUAUUCACCGUGUCUGACAAUAACGGGAACUGCUAAAUUGGUAGACAAACCUCAUUGGGGAAUAGAAUUUUUAAAAAAAAAUUAGAAGUAGACCGUGUACUGUGGAAGAGCGGAUACUGUGCUGUCUUUUCUUAAUGUACUGCUUCAUAUUUUGUGUACAAAUAAAAUUAUUUCAAUUGA